AUCUUUGCUUCAAUUCCAGAAUCCAGAGUAUUAGGUCUCGGAGCUGCUUGCUCUAAAACCCUCUUUUCUCUUUCACCAACCCUCUCUUCCUCUCUGGUUUUGAAACUCGUUUACUGUAAGACUAGAGAGGAACAGAGGUGUUACAAAAGGCACGAUUUUUAUCUCCGAUUAAUCAGCUAUGGCGGCGCCGGAAGCUCCCGUUUGCUAUGUCGGAGUCGCCAGAAAGUCCGCCGCCUUCCGUCUCAUGAAACAAAUGGGAUGGGAAGAAGGAGAAGGCUUGGGCAAGAACAAGCAAGGAAUCAAAGGAUAUGUCAGAGUACAGAACAAACAAGACACUGCAGGUAUCGGUACAGAAAAGCCAAAUGAAUGGGCGUUUGAUACUGCGCAGUUUGAUAGUAUCCUUAAAAGAUUAAAAGUGCAAACAGCUGAAAUCAACAAUGAUGAAGUAAAAGAGAAAAAAGACGUGCAAAAUGACACGAAAACAGGAUCUUCUAAUGGAGAACAAGAGACUGUAGCUAAGGUUACUCGGCCUCAAGGAAGAUAUAAGAGAAGGGAAAGAGGAAAGCUUGUGCACUCAUAUUCAGCGCAGGAUCUUGAAGGAAUUCUUGUCAAAAAGACAAAGACUUCUCCGACAAAUGAUGAUCAUAAGGUAGCAGAUACAGCGGAGACUAUUAUUGUUGCAGAUGAUGCAUGGAAUGAAGAUCAAGGUGUUCCCCCAGAAUGGUGGGGCUAUAAAAAUGGAUUUGUCUCAGGAGGAUUUCUUGGAAGUCAAGCUCGGAGAAAAAAGUCAUCUUCGUCCGAGACGAUGCGAGACUUCAGUGAGAGGACCACAUUUCACGAGGAGGAUCAAGAAAAUCUCUAUAACCUUGUGCAAAAUACAGCCACGACUGGAAAACAAGGACUGGGUAUCAAAGACCGGCCAAAGAAGGUUGCUGGUUGCUACUUCGAGGGGAAAAAGACGUCCUUUGAUGAUAGCGAUGAAGAAGAUUCUUCUGAGUCGAACCCUCCCAUGGAAGCAGAAUAUGAAGAAAUCAGUCACCCAGCCAAAAAUGAUGAACCAAAAUUGAAGCUGAAGAAAUUGUGCAAACGGCUCUUGAAACAGGCACCUGGGAACUCUUUAAAGCUGAAGCAGCUUAAAGUGCUAAUUGAUGAACAAUCUUCAGAUCUUUUGUGUAGUUUCACUAAAAAAGAGGCACUUGGUUUUUUGAAGCGCAAGCUUGAAGGCAGUGACAAGUUCUCAGUGGAGGGAAAGAGAGUGUCUCUUUCUGUAAAGAGGGCCUGAAUUUUUUUUCCUUUGCUGGGAUUAGCUGUGACGAAAUGUAGAUGGCCACCGAGACUAGGUUGAUAGUAAAACAAUUAGGUGGGAGAUUUUGAGUCUUCCACUUAAUUUUCAUUUUGUUUGCUGAGAUAUAGGAAGCAGCAUUGCAUUUUCGGAGCUCAAAGUACGGCAUUUAGGCAGACUUUUCUUCAUUCGCCAAGCUUUCCUUGUUCUUUUUUCUUUUCUUCCUUCUAUUUCCGUACCACUACAUUCCUCCCUGUUUUUUUUUUUUUUUAAGUUUUACUUUAAACCUUUUUCUUGGGUUAUUUAUCAUUUGUCUGUUAUGGGCCAAGGAAUAGAUGUCAGUAUAAAGGUCAAUGUAAGUUGUAUUAUGAACAGAUGCCCAAUUAUUUGAUUGUUACACCUUUAUAAAUUGUUAAAGUUAUUGCACACAUA